UCGCGGUCACGUGAUACAAACACCAGCGCAAGAUGGCGGCGCCUAUAGAGAGCUUGCUGAAUGAACUCCGUGAGUCUGAAGAUCCGAUCGAGGAGCUGAAGACUCUCCGGACGGCCGUGUUUGCGACACCUGUGAGCGGAUUGAGGGAGGCGGUGUCCGGGGCUCGGCUGGAGAUUUUAUUCAGCCUUUUGAACACGAAUGACAAAGAGCAGAUAGAGGUGUGUGUGGAAAUCCUGAGUCGGGUUCUCCAGACGUUAGACCCCGUACAGCUGGCUCAGAACUACAAGACUGCGCUUCACGUUGGACUGAACCAUCCCAAUGAUUCUGUUAAAGUUCUCACCCUCACACAGAUCGGCCGUGUCAUUGGUCAUGUGGAUGGAGUGACCCAGAUGCUGAACAGCACAGAAAUCCUGCGUGAUGUGAUUCAGUGCAUCAGCGUUGAGAGUAUCGCUGUGGCCGAAAAGGCAGUAGCUGCCCUCAUUGAGCUCAGUAGCACAAAGGCGGGGCUUGAUGCUCUGUUCCGCUCUGAUUUGCUAAAAAAGCUGAAGGAUGUGAUGGGCACCAGUGACAUCAUCAGGUACAGGGUUUAUGAGCUGAUUGUGGAUGUGUCUACAGCGUCUCCAGUUUCUCUGGGUUAUUGUGCCAACAGUGGUUUAAUCUCACAAAUGCUUGAUGAAGUGACUGGAGACGAUAUUUUGGUCAGAGCAACAGCGAUAGAGAUGGUCACCAAUCUGGCUAAAAGCCAGCAUGGCCGUCAGUAUUUGGCACAGCAAGGCGUCAUGGAUAAAAUUGCAAACAUGAUCAUCGCAGCAGAGUCUGACCCUUUAUCCAGCCUUUACCUGCCAGCACUGGUGAAGUUUUUUGGCAAACUCGCGAUCAUGGACAGCCCGCAGCAGGUGUGUGAGAAGUUUCCUGUAUUCCUUGAAGCGGUCUUUUCCAUGGCAAUGACCCUGGAGCCCACAUUGACCCCCGUCGCCGUGGAUACACUUGGAGAACUGGGCAAAACCGUGGAGGGUAAACAGGUCCUGCAUAAAGCAGGUGAGAAGUUUACAUCCGUGUUAAAGAAAAUCAGUAAAAUUACCAGCGAUGGAGAGACUGAGCUCCGGCUUAGAUGUCUGGAUGCUCUUACUCACCUGUUGACAUUACCUGUGGAACAGCAGACGGAUGAUCUUCUGCUAUUAACAGAGUCAUGGUUUAACAGUCUGAGCUCUCAGCCGAUGGCGAUGAUUCGUAACAUAAGCAUACAACCUUUCCCUGAGUUUCACUGCAGAGCUCUGCGAGUCUUUACUGCCAUUGGCUGCCAGCCGUGGGGACAGCGGCUGAUGAUGGACACUCCUGGAUUUGUGGAGUGGAUGCUGGAUCGGUCGGUGGGAAAGGGAAAAGAAGCCAAAGAUUGUAAAUUUGAGCUGGUGGGGGCGAUCUUGAGCUCUUCGAGCACUCGGGAGAUCUUCGGAGCGCAAAAUUACUUAAAGCUGAAGACGUACGUGAAAGAAGGACCGUAUUACGUCACCGCAGUGUCUACUGUCAGCACAGAAGGAGCAGAUUGAGACACAUACACACUUUGUCUUUCUAUACGAAUAUUUAAAGAGUUCCAGCAUUGUAAUUUCUUUGUUCAGUAAAUAUGACCAAAUGCUCUUUAAAUGGCUAUUUCUAAAUGAAUGAGUUUGUAGCACUUAAAACAUUCAACCGUUUGUACUUCCACUACAGAAUUUGGUUCUGUUUGUUCCAAUAAAUGAGGAUAUUGUUGGUAAA